UCCACAAUAGAAGGAAAGAUGGCGUUUUCCGGCAGUGGAUGGGCCUCGACCCCCCAAAUCCUCAACGGCCGAUGGUUCAUGUUAUUUGCCUCCUUCCUCAUUAUGUCCGUUAAUGGCACCACCUCCUUGUUUAGUGUCUACUCUAAUAACCUUAAAUCCUCCCUUGGCUAUAGCCAAACCACCCUUCUCUUGCUGAGCUUCUUCAAGGACUUGGGUGCUAACGUCGGCAUCCUCCCUGGCCUUAUCAACCAAGUCAUGCCGCCGGUGGUGGUCCUCUCUCUCGGCGCCGCCCUCAACUUCUUCGGCUACUUCAUGUUUUGGCUCGCCCUAACCAAAAGAAUGGCUAGUCCCCAGGUCUGGCACAUGUGUCUCUACAUUUUUCUGGCCGCCAAUUCCCAAACCUUCUCCGAAAAUGGCUCCCUCGUCGCCUGUGUUGAGAACUUUCCAGAAAGUCGUGUCCUUGUAUUGGGGUUACUCAAAGGCUUCAUCGGCCUCAGUGGCGCCAUCCUCACGCAACUCUACCACAGCAUCUAUGGCGAAGACGCCAACGCUCUCAUUUUGCUUCUCGCGUGCCUUCCCACCGCCAUAUAUAUUGCCAACCUCCGAACCAUUCGAACCAUCAAUGAUGUCCGGCAGCAGCCAGACAAGCUCCGAGUUUUCUACAAGUUCCUCUACAUAUCAUUGGGCCUGGCUGGUUUUCUCAUGAUUGUCAUCAUUCUUCAAAACGAAACUCCCUUUAGUAAGUUUGAGUACGGCAUCAGCACGGCCUCUGUCCUCAUUAUUCUCUUCCUCCCACUCGUUAUUGUGAUCAAGGAAGAAUAUGAAAUUUCUAAGAGCAGAACACAAGCUGUGGAUGACCCAGAUCAGUUGGAAGUCAUCACUAGGACACCAGUCACACCACCAGUACCGGCACCACUGGGGCAAGAAGUUUCGAUGUCCUGGUACAAAGAUGCAUUUCGGCCACCGGAGAGAGGUGAAGACUAUACCAUUCUCCAAGCACUUUGCAGCAUUGACCUCCUAAUCCUCUUUUUUGCCUCAAUUUGCGGCAUCGGAGGCACUCUGACAGCCAUAAACAACCUAGGACAAAUCGGGGCUUCACUCGGAUACUCAACUAAAAGCAUUAGCACCUUUGUUUCGCUAAUAAGCAUCUGGAACUAUCUCGGCCGUGUCGUGGCCGGAUUCGCCUCUGAAAUCUUGCUAACCAAGUACAAGUUCCCACGACCUCUACUACUCACUAUCGUUCUCCUCUUCUCUUGUUUCGGCCAUGUUCUCAUCGCCUUCAAUGUCUGGAACGGUCUCUACGUCGCAUCGAUCAUCGUUGGAUUUUGUUUCGGGGCACAAUGGCCGUUGUUGCUGACAAUAAUCUCUGAAAUAUUUGGGCUCAAGUACUACUCGACGCUAUUAAAUUUUGGGGUGGUUGCCAGCCCAAUCGGAUCGUAUGUGCUUAACGUGGUAAUCACUGGUCGAUUAUACGACAAAGAGGCUGAGAAACAGAUGAAGGCGUUUGGGAUUGCUAGGAAGGGUCAGGACAGCAUGGAUUGCAAGGGUGAAGAAUGCUUUAGAUUGGCUUUCAUCAUAAUCACAAUAGUGACGGUGGUUGGUGCAAUUGUUUCGGCCUUAUUGGUGCUUAGGACUUGGAAGUUCUAUAAGAGUGGCAUUUAUAAGAGGUUCAAGAAGACAACGGAGGCCAAGGCCGAGGAGGUGGAGAUGGAAGUUGCCGGAAAUAGUGGUGAUAGAUGA